GUCAGAGUCAGCAACCCACAGCCAACAUGUCGACCGUACACAGCCAUCACAACAACGUGUCUGCGGACCUGAUCUGGGAGGUCACUCGAAACCAGAAUGCCUUCCUCGUGAAGCGCAACACCAACGGAGGUGUUCAAUUCUCCCGUGACCCUCUCAACCUGACCAACCUGCACUCGCGCAAGCACGCUGGUUUCGUCAACGAGAAGGCUGUCGGUGUCCUCCCAGCUGAGAAGGGCGGCGUCACCGUCAUCACCAAGAAGACCAAGCACCCCCAGCGACCUGCCCAGCUGUCGCACAAGGUCACCUUCGGCGCCAACAAGACCACCAGAAAGACCUACAAGGCCAUCGCCAGCCAGACCGCCAAGUCUGGAUACCGACCUGACCUCCGCGCCGCGGCCGUCGCCCGCGCCAGCGCCAUCCGCAGAGCGCAACUGCCCAAGAAGGAGGCGCCAGCGCCGAAGUUGCGGGGAGCCAAGGCCAAGAAGGCCGUGGCCGAGAAGGAGGAAUGA